UUAGGUUAAUGUAUGGUUUGUUCAUUAUGAUUGGAUCGUAGCAUCGAAAAGAGUCCACAGCUUGUCGUUGCAUGUAGUAGCUAUAGCAAGGUAAAUAAAUUUUAUUGGUUGGUUGGCUGGGUUAAAACAAUUCACAAAUAUGGGGCUGGCAGAGACAUAUCACUACUACAAUGUUGAAAUCGCAGAUUCUCGGACCAACGACUGGUGGUUGAUAUCAACACCGUUGCCUUUGAUGAUAAUAAUAGCAAGUUAUCUCUACUUUGUGUUAUCCUGUGGACCACGCUACAUGCGAGAUACCAAGCCUUAUUCUUUAAGAACAUUCCUUACGUGUUACAAUGUUUUUCAAAUCUUUUACAACACAUGGAUUGUCUAUAAAUUAAUAAUUGCUGGAUGGCUAACAUAUUUCGGCGCGGUUUGCAAUCCCAUGGUUAUAGAUUAUUGGCUGGACCCAAUGGCUGUACAGGAAGCUGAGAUAACCUGGUGGGCCAUGAUUUUGAAAAUAAUCGAUCUAUCGGAAACAGCAGUGUUCGUUUUAAGGAAAAAAGAUAGACAAAUAUCUUUUCUGCAUCUUUAUCACCAUGUUACGACGGUGUUAAUAAUCUGGGUUACAGUCAAGUACUUUGCAGGAGGCAUAUGCACCUUUCCCGUAAUGCUGAACAGUAUAGUUCAUGUCAUCAUGUAUACUUACUAUAUGUUGACAGCGAGAGGCCCAAGAAUACGAAGAAUUAUGAGCCUUAUCAAGCCCUACAUUACCGGUAUUCAAAUAGUUCAAUUUUUUGUACUAUUGGUACAUGCCAGCCAAGGAUUCUCAUCUUCGUGCGAUGUUCCAAAAGCAGCAGUCACUGUCCACAUAACAAAUCUGCUGAUAAAUCUUUACUUGUUUAUACAUUUUUAUAGAAAGAAUUAUAACUCACAAAAAAAAACUGCUUGAUUUAAAAAAUGUGUCGAGUUUGUAAUGUAAAUAAAAAAAAAAAUCAUAAUAAUACUAAUAAAGUAUCAACACUAUAUAUUUUUAGGUUUUGAGGGCGUAGCCUGCGGCUGCCCUUUUAACCUAUGAUGAUCUUUGGUUUUCAUUAGUUCAUGUUCUCAUUUUCCACUGUAAUAGUGAUUUCUUGAUGUCUAUUCGAAAUUAAAAGUUGAGUUGAUAUCAUGUUUUUUUACGUAAUUUCCGUGAUGUUGAACUU